CGCCGACAUUUGAUGCCAGCAAGUCUCGAGUUCAGAUCCGCCUCUGGGAUUGCACUAGAGCUUCGUCUUCUUGCGUUUCAAUCGUUCGAGAAAUCUGGACAGAAUGGAUUAUGGGAGCCUCAAUCACAAGCAGCUGAAGGAGAUGAGCAAAAAGGAGGGCCUCCCCACGAAGGGCAACAAACAAGAAUUAAUCGACGGGCUGGAGAAACUGCGGAAGCCUGAGAAUGCGGUUGUCGGUGCCAGUGCUUCGAAGAUCGAUUCUGCUGCCGAGCCUGCUGUUGCUGUUGUUGUCACGCCUCUUCCUGAUGUCGUCGAGCCGCCGGCCAUGGUUGUGUCUGACAGCGCUUUGUGUUCGGAGAUGGCACAGCAAGCAGCAGUCCCAGUGGCGUCCGCUCUUCGGGCUUCGAGCAGAGUUAGCAGACCCCGUAUAUGCACGAUGUGCGUCGGCUGUAGCCACCACCCAGUUCGCAUCGCCAUGAAGAAGCCGGCCGUGACGGAAGACAAGAGCAUUGGCGAACUGACUGAGAAACUUGCAAGCGUGAAUAUCAAGAUUUCGAGGGAACGGAAGGUCACAGUCGAUCAAGCCGCUAAGCCCACGAAAAUCUCCAAACCUCGGUCGGCAGCAGCAACUACCAGAGCUCCUCUGAAGGCGAAACCAAAUCAAGCCACUGGAGACAGCACAUGCGUCGCUCACGACGAUGCCAAACAGACGAAGGCUUCCAAGUCUACUGAAACUACGAAGAAGAUCGGUUCCAUGAAGCAUCUCGCUGCCGUGGGUGGCAAGGAAAAUUUGCCUUCCCAACUGGAGGCUGCGGUGACUACUGAGCGUCCUGGACGUAAGCUCCGAUCCCUGAAGCAAGUGACCGCGUAGGGCAUGCCUGAUGCACAUUCCCAUUGCUGCUUGAGUGCUUUCAGGUACGUGUAAACAAUGACUGGACCUUCGACGUCGAGAUCUUCGUGGCCUCGUUCGUUUUCGAUGGGAUUCUGGACUCAGCUGAAGUUUUGCGAUGCAUCCAAGUAAUUCACGAAGACAGAAGUCAGACAACACGGUCUGCAACAGUUCAAGCUCAGGUGUGAUGCACAUCCCAGUUCACCUUGCUCCCUCAGCAAGGAAUGUUCUGAACAUGGUACCAAUAUGGACUCCUCUAUCGCAGGAGGCACUUAUGUACAUUAUACAAUAUACACGGCAGUUAGACUAUAGCUUCACACCUUGUUUAUGUCUUUCGUCCCUCAAAGGGCAAAGCAUGCUGCUCAUGUUGUUUGAUACCAUCUCUACUCAUUGUGAGAAAUAUUGAUGGUAAACAUGGUAUCUUAGCAGAUUUUCCUCCAGCACUUAGGCGAGACAUGAUGAUAUCGGGUCCUGACUGGAUAUAUCGUCUGUCAGGUCGUGAGACUUCUUCACGUGACAUUGUACAUAAAACUACACUUCCAAACUGUUGUGGUCACCACAACAUGACGAAGUUGUCGUCUAAUAAAUGAGUAGAACAUAUUUUCCGGAC